AUCGUCCAUGAUCGAACCCCCGUGACCUCGCUUAUUGGGCCAUUGGGGGCGAUGUUCCUGGGGCGUUUCAUGGAUAUGGCUGGCCCCGAUAGUUAGUAGUCUGCGGCGGCCAUCUCCACGCUAAACGGAGCCAGGUAAUAACUUAUCGACUCCAAAGACAACUCUUUGUUGUCUCUGCUUCUCCUGAACUAACCAUCUCGUUACUUCCUUUUCUUUCACCCUCUCCCUUCGUUUACCGGUUCACAGUUUCUCCAGGUCUGCUGAGUCCGCCUGUGGGAUCGUACGGUCCGACUCGCGCUUCUGGUCUGGCCGGGUCCCUCGUACUCGUCUCACCAGUCCCCUGAGUACUGUGCCACCUGCUCACUUCCCCACCCCCUUUGUCUUCAGUCGUUUUAUCCCCUUCGCGCUCACUGUCUUUGAGCGUGAGCACCUCAAUCACGAUGGCGGGAAACAACAAUAACCUGCACUUGAAUUUUGGGUACAACGAGCAUGCCCUUCCCCAGCCAAACAGUCGCGCCUAUCCUACGACGCCAUCCACCUUCCCGCAACCAAUCUAUCCCAAUGGUGGUCAGGAAUAUGUCAACCCCCAGGCGGCCCAGAAUGCAGCCUAUGGCCAGGGAUACUUCAUGAAUCACCCGUACCAGGCCCAACAGGCCCAGUAUGCCCAGCAGCAGUAUGCGCAACAGAACCUCCAGUCCCCGCAGGCCGCAUACCAGUCCCGUAUGGGCUACAACGCCAACGAUGGUACCAACGGCCUGGUUCAGCAGUUUUCAAACCAAGACUUGAGUGCCUCGCCUCGUGCGGGACUAUUUGGUCGUGGCUCUCCCGGCCAGCGUCCUCGUACUUCUGGCUCUCAGGGACAGCCCAACACUCGCAGUCCCAAGCCGCCGGGUGAAGAUGAGGAGCUCCAGCGCUACCCGGACAGGUACUCGGAAAAUGUUCACAAGCGUGGAAAGGCGUUGAAGGAAUUGGUCACCGUGUUCUUCCAGGAGAACAUUGAGCGUGCUCGCGAUCGUAACAUGCGUGCUGCGACCCUUGACCAUAUGCUUCGCGACCCGAAUGUGUCCGCCGACAAGAAACGACAGGAGUCUGAAACCAUGGCGAAGAAGGAGUCUACUUUCCUUCGGUUCCUGCGCACCAAGGAAACACCAGCCAACUUCCAGACCAUCAAGGUUAUUGGAAAGGGUGCUUUCGGAGAAGUGAAGCUUGUCCAGAGGAAGACUGAUGGGAAGAUCUACGCCCUCAAGUCGUUGAUCAAGACAGAGAUGUUUAAGAAGGAUCAGUUGGCACACGUCCGCGCUGAGCGUGAUAUCCUGGCAGACUCCAAGGACAACCCUUGGCUGGUGAAGCUGCACGCUUCCUUCCAGGACACCGCAUACCUCUAUUUGCUCAUGGAGUUCCUUCCCGGUGGUGACUUGAUGACUAUGCUUAUCAAAUACGAAAUCUUCUCGGAGGACAUUACGCGAUUCUACAUGGCAGAGAUCGUGAUGGCUAUUGAGGCUGUCCAUCAAUUAGGCUUCCUCCAUCGUGACAUCAAGCCUGAUAACAUCCUUCUCGACCGUGGUGGUCACAUCAAGCUUACUGACUUUGGUCUCUCCACCGGAGGAAAGAAGACUCACGACAAUGCCUACUACCAGAACCUCCUCAAGAACUCUACGUCAAAGGACAAGAACCGUAACUCUGGUUACUUCUCGGACUCGAUCAACCUGACUGUCUCCAACCGUGGACAGAUCAACACUUGGAGGAAGUCUCGACGAGCGAUGGCGUAUUCCACCGUCGGUACUCCAGACUACAUUGCCCCGGAGAUCUUCAACGGUCAGGGUUACACCUACCUAUGCGACUGGUGGUCCGUUGGUGCCAUCAUGUUCGAGUGUCUUGUGGGCUGGCCGCCGUUCUGUGCUGAGGAGACGACCGACACUUACCGGAAGAUCGUGAACUGGAGGGACUGUCUCUACUUCCCCGAAGAGCUCACUCUUUCGCGUGAGUCUGAGUCGCUUAUUCGAAGCUUCCUUUGUGAUGCUGAGCACCGUAUCGGUAGCGAGGGUGGUGCUCAUGGCGGUGCCACCCAGAUCAAGGCCCACCCCUUCUUCCGCGGGGUUGUUUGGGAUCAACUGCGCAAUAUCCGCGCACCUUUUGAACCCAAGCUGAGCUCCAACGUCGACGUCUCCUACUUCCCCGUCGACGAGAUUCCUCAGGAAGAUACUUCCGCGGCUCACCGUGCCCAGGCUCGUGCUAUGCCAGACGAACAGGAGGCAGAGAUGAGUCUUCCUUUCAUUGGUUACACUUACAAGGCCUUCAAUGCCUUCCAGGCGAGCUAGAGAGCUGGCCGACCACCUGAGAUUGGGAGUGACGGUGAACCUGGCUGGGAAGUCUCCAGCAGGCGGGCUUGCAUUAACGUCUUUUCAGCGGCUCAUCUGCAUCCUAACUCCGUUUAUGUGGCUACUUGUCGUUCAACAUGCAGCGAAAGCUUUUGCCAGUGGUGAUGACCUACGCUUCUUCUUUUUCCGACAUUAUUUGUGAUUUUAUUGUGAGGCGACGACUACCUGAAGACCACCUGUUGGCGAAUGGGAUCGAAUAUCUCUGGUCUAUAUUUACAUGUGCAUGUCUCUGACGUGGCGUAGAGGAUUUGUUCCUAUAUCAAUGCUAUUUGGCCGAAAAAAUGUCACAAUGAGCUGGCUGUGUCUACCUAGACUCUGCAUGUAGACAAAUCUUUGAAAUAAGUCAAAAAAGGGAUAUUCAGAAAGAAAUGAUUUGAG